AUAGAAUGGCCUGAGGAUGACAAGCUGGAUCCUAACUCGAAAAUCCCAGCAGGAACCACCAUAGGUGUGUACUUCUCGAUAAACGAUAAACUCUGUUGUAUUAGACAAUUUUCUUGGUUGCUAUGCAGUUUCAAUUUGAAAAUUAAAGCCGAUAGAAAAAAUAAACGAUCUGCGGCGAUUGAAAAUUAACAUACGUAGUUCAGGUUUGAAAUGUCCUAAAUCAUUAAAUUUUCUCAGUCCUAAAGUAAUUAGAACCCUUAACUUCCCCAACGAUAGCCUGCGUCGAAAUCCCUGAUAUACACUACAUGUAUAUCACGUUUUGAAGUCUAGCUGUUGACUAGCAUGUCUGGCUACAAUGCAGGCUACAACAGUGAGUGAUUAAUUUAUUCUUGGCAGUAUAUUAUAUGCUUAUUUAUGUGGUCUCAUCCUUUUUUUUCAGAAAGUUGCUUUUUGGCGAGCAAUAUUUGGAAAAAAUUAGGGAAAAAAUUCGGUCUGAAAAAAAUGAGGUGUGGGGUUGUGUGUGGUGGGGAGGGGAGGUGGAUCAAUGAAACAGGAUACAAUGUCUUACCUUUCUUGAAUGUAUCACUGCAUUGUUUUGAUGAGCAGAACUGAAGCAGUUUUGCCCUCUUCCCAAAGUAAUACCUACUGUUGUUGUUUUUGUUGUUUGGUUUGGGUUGUUUGUUUGUUUUUUUUCUUUUUCACAAAGUUGAUUGUAAAAUUGCCUUUCGUCUUGUCUUUUAAAUGUUUCUAUGUAUACUACCUCCUUUGGACGAUGUUGUGGCGUGUCGCUUUCUUUAUGUUUCUCCGUACGUCAAUUGGUUUGCAUAAUAUUAGUCUUCCUCUUCUUUAAGUUUCUCUCUGUGUUAGUUAGGCCUAGGCCAAACGUCGAACCACUUCGGUGGAUUCCUUCAACAGUCCCAGAAGUUAGAACUGCUGUACAAAACUUCAUUAUUAUUUCACUUGGGGGGUACACGUAGGUGUGAACGGGUUAAUACAUGUUUCACUGUAUCACUUGUCAAGAAGUAUAGCCUACUGUGAGCCAUAGUGGCUUCACUGCCAUCUCAGAAACUUAGUGGCAACUCUUAACAUCGUUUAAAAACGAUGUAUUUUCCAUUUCUUACUCAGGCGCCAUGAAAGUGGACAUUUUGAACGGAAAGGGUGAAUCUGUGAACAAACUGCCUGGUGACAGAAGAAGAUUGUUGGUAGAGUUAAAGGUCAUUUGGCAUGGUAAGAGAUAAAUGCUUUACAUUGUAAGGAGAAGCACAUGAUUUGUGACGGGCUCGUAGUAUGCCUUGCUGGAUGCUCGUAGCAAUAAGCUUUCCUCUGUUUUAAUCAAGCGUUGACAAAAAGUUAGGUCUCCAUUCGCACAAAAUACCUCUCUUAAGAGUUAAGAAAUUUGUGUUUGUACUUGUUACUUUUACGUGUUUGUUAUGGCCAUUGUUUCUAAUGUUACUCUUCCGUUGAAGAAGUUAGAGCCCUCUCCCGAUCGCUAAUGAUAAAAUUCCUAACAUUUGAUAACCUGUUUUCGUUACUACGACAUUCUUGCUAAAACUCGUAAUAGAAUGACGAUUGCUACCACUUUUCCCCCGCCAAAAUGAUGUUGGUUCGCGCGCGCGCACUACUUAGUAUUGAGAAAAUCUCAUUCUCUUAGCCGUCCUCGUCUUAGAAUCUAAAACUCUCCAUUGUUAUCAUUCAUAAAGGAUCGUUAUUGUUAUUUAUUUACGUAUUUUUUGCAGGAAGUGACAAAGAUGGAGAUAAAGUAAUCACUAAUCAUGUCUGUCAACAUGGAGGAAAGAGCUGGCCAUACUGGUUCAGAAAAAUGGGUAACUGAGUUAGUCUGCUGCUAUCUGUGCUAUGAGAUUUAUUGUUUUAAUGCAGUGGAUAGGGCUAUCCAGUGUUUGAACAACUGGGGCCAGUUGAAAACAGUGUUUGAAUUUACCUGUUCUUGCUGUCAUUUCAGAAAAUAUUACCCUUCUUGGCCCACACACUCUUCAGCUUCAAGUGUUACUGAGUGACAGUUCAACUGCACCAUCAAUUAAGAGUCUUCCAGUCCAUCGUAUCAAGUUUACCGUUACAGGUUUGCAAAAAAUGACCAGCCUGGGACAGUUUUAGGUUGCGCUUACGCUAGAUGUGAUUUUUCUGGAUUCGUGACGAUUCCGAACAAUUUGGUUCCAGAUUCGUUUUGAAUGGGAACAUUGUAUUUUUGAUCCACCCUGUUAAAAUAACUCGUACAUCUUUUGUUAUCUUGUUUCUCCUUUGUUAUUUCUGUUUAUUUAGAGGCUCAUCCAAACAAAUUCACUGUUGGAAUGUUGGAGACACCUCUUAGAGUUGGAGUUCCUUUCCAGGUAUACGUUUUUGUUUCACCCCCCCCCCCGCCUCUCCACCCCGUUCGUGAGAGGAUGUAGCUCCCUCAAGGGGUGUGGGGGGGCACUUCUUUCUAGUAAUAGGCCAAUGGGUAUGUGCCCCUGGAUGGGGUCGCAUUUCCACGACUGGGUUGACUAUAAUUGGGAAUAAUGGCUUUACAUUUUCAGAAGAGUUACUAGAAUUGGGUCACAGGUUUUCGGGUUUUUAGGGAAAAAAUCAUUAUAAGAAGGGGCUUAAAAAUGGGAAGUUGGGAUUGUGCAGAAAAUUAUCUUUGCCCAAAAGUGACUAAGAUGGAGUCUAUAAUUGGCCACAGAAUAGCCUAUAGUUGUGAAGGGGUUCUAAGAGGCCAGCAACACAUAAUAAGCAAAAUAUUAUCCAAGUACCCCUAGCAAUAUGUCACUAGAGGAUGGUAACAAGGUUUAGCUAGUCUAGAAUAGCAAAUAUUAAAUACUAUGUUUUUUUGGUUAAGAUUCCACUGAAUUUGCUGGAUGAGUUUAACAACCCUUCAAAGUUAUCAGAGGAAAAAGUACCCGUGUUAAGUGCAAGGUGAGUGUAUUUUGAUAAAUUUUUAAUGAAACGUGGAUUUGUAACCUUGGUGUUAAAGUCAAUCUUGCCUUCAACGGAAUAACAUAACUUGUUUAUAUUGUUAGCGGACUGGAGUUGACUCACCAGGGAACAUCAGUAAAGGGAAACAGCCUGAUCGUUAAGGGCGUGGUGGCCCUUGGUUCUGUACCAUCCCAUGCAGGAAAGGUGAGGGGUUUUUUGGAAAAAAUCUUGGCCGAUGUGAUUCAAUUUCUCGUGAUAAAAUAGAGUACGACGAUAUCGUCAGUAGCCUUCAUGAUUCAGAAUCUCAAACUUACAUUAAAUUUAUCUUAACAGUUUUUGUUUGUUUGUUUGUUGUAAAAGGAUUUUAAUCUAAAGAUCACCCUACCAGGACUUGAAGAAGGUUCGCAGAGCUUGAAGAUCAGGUUACUUCCAGGUACUCUUUUGACGCCAUAUGUGGGUUGAGUUUGUUGUUGCGUCUCUCCCUUGCUCCGGGAGGUUUUUCCUCCGGUACCCGGUUUUUACCUCUCCUUAAAAAUCAACACUUUCAAAUUCUAAUUCGAUCUAGAACCCACGGACACGUUUCAUCGAGUUCUUAAGAACUCUUAAGUGCUCCUUGGGUAAUACAAAGUACAAUUUACAAUUUUUACCAGCAUGUAAAUUUUCCUUAAAAAAAAAACAGAGACGCUGUCUAAAAAGGAUGCGUUCCUCUGGGUUGAUCGGGAUCAGGAUCAGUGAUCUGGGAUCACUCGGAUCAUGCUACAUCAAAUGAACCAAAGAAUCCUUUUUCCAGGGUUGAUUUGUCGGUUCCUUUAAUGUGCUGUGGUCCGAAUGAUCUCUGAUCUCUGAUCACUGAUCCUGAUCCGGCUUCUCCCAGUAGAACGCAGCUCACAAGGCAACGUGGCUGUAGGGUUUUACCGUGACGUGCUCGCCCCCUUCUCACUCCAAUUUUUGACUCACGUCAGCAUGACUGUUUCUGUUUACUGAAACACGUUUUGUGCUGCAGGCCCACCAGAAUCCCUUGCGGUCACACCAAAUGACAGUGAGGUCACCAUUGAAAACAACAGUGCCCUGCAGCUACAAGUGCAGGUCCAGGACAAGGCGGGAAACCUAACAGUUCAACCAAGGCUUAAUGUUGUCUGCAAGGUAACUAUGCUAAUGUUCACCCCGUUGUGAUUUAACUAACUGUGGAGUAAUUGCUUCUUAUUCCUAACAUUAGAACUUCAAUUUUAAAAUGCUGGUUCCACAACUUUGUUAAGGAGUCAUGAGGCGUUGAGUAUACUCUGUUCAAGCAAAUUGACGAUUGUUAGACGUUCAUUGCAACUACAUAUUUGAAAAUCCCUGAUAGCUCUGAGCUUUGGAGAAUACACAAAGAACCUCAUACCUUGUUUCCCACAUACGGUAGACUGUUCGUAUUAUUUUAUUGUAGGCAAGCUAAAUAUAAUCUACACUUACUGCUGUCUCGAGCCCCGUGAAUAUCAGCUUGACCUUGCUGAAGUUUUAGAACCAAAAUUUGAUCAGAAACUUCACCUGCAGUACACUGUGUAUGGAGAAUAACAAAUCAACUAUAAUUUUCCAUGGUCUAUUCCCUUGUCGAUCAUAGAAAUGACGUCAAAAUGUUCAAACACGAGCCGAAGGCGUGCUGCAAAGUUUUGAACUUUUAAUGUCAUUUCUAUGGUCGUUAAUUGUACCGACCAUGAAAAAUUGUCAUUAUUUUUUUCGAUAACACUGAUGUCCAUUUCUGAUGAUGUUUCUUGGGAAAUCAUAUUAUUUGUUUGUUUUAAUUUUUUUUAACAAAAAGGUACAUUGAGGGCGGCUGCCAUCUGAAAAGCAAUGUCCCAGAUGGCAGGAGAUCAUUUAUAGUAUCAUCGUUCGCAGUGCAAAAUACACCUACUUUGCAGUUUACAAUCGACGACAAAAUUGUUGAGACAUUAUCCUCAAAUGGGAUAACCUCGGAGAACAAAACAAUCUGUACCCCUCCCCCAUCCCGUCGAUUCAAAGUUGGGGUGUUUCUUGUUUUCAACAGAUAGCUCGAACAGCGGUACAACGUUGCAUGGAGGGGGUCAGAGAGGCCCUUUAGGGCAAAGCGUCUCAACUAAUUUUGUGGCCGAUUAUAGGGAAAUAGCGCGAGAGAGAAAGAGAAAAAAAUAUAUAACGCCAUCUUCACUUCAUUUCCGAGUCUCAUCGAGCACAGCUCUCGACCAAUCAGCGUGUGAAAAAUCGCUUUGUUAUUGUAAAACUUGAAUUUGAUAAGAAACAACUACGUGUGUUGUAGCUGACAGGCACACCAGGCUUACCAACUUACAUAGGAGACUGCAGUGCAUCUGGGAAGGCCUCCCUAACAGGCGCUGACAUCAGUCUGAAGCAGAUCACCAAGGAAACCAAACUAAAGGCCAAGAUAGAGUUACAGGUUUGUCAUUUGAUUAGGGAAAUGGUGAUGGUCCCUUUUGGCUUUGGUACCAGAGACCUUUAGAUUCAAGAACGAGGACGACUACUAGUGCGAGAUUUGACUUAAAGUUUUUUCGCGUAUUCUCAAAAUAUAGAAUCCCCGGAAAGCUUCAUUUUAACAUUUUUCUCUAGAAACGUUAGCGCUGUUAUCUUUAGUAAAGGAGGUUACGCGCUCUUUCAAUCCCAAAGUAAUAAAACUUCCAACAUUUGAUAACUUGUUUUCGUCACCACGACAUUCGCGCUAGAAUUCGUAGUAGAGUGACGACGGCUACCACGUUUUCCCGCCAAAAUGAGGCUGGUUCACGCGCAAGCCCUAUUUUGUAUUGAGAAAAUCUCGUACUCGUCUUAGAAUCUAAACCUCUCUACUAUCACCCUACGAGCAGAGCCUGCUUUUGUCCUCUUAAGUGAGGAGGAAAAAAAGGAGGUUCUGUCUGAUUCGCAUGAUCCCAGUGAAGUCGCUGAAGCCAGAACACCCGGACCAGUCAAUCUUGUUCUCUAUCGUCAAACUGGUUUUCCAAGUGCGACCGACCGUUAUUGAUGAAGCGAUGGCCAUACCUAAACCCACUGUGCCGUGUGCACAGCUUUUAGGCCUGGGUUCAAAAACGUUUAUCAGCAACAAUUACCUCAUGUACAACAACAAGCUUACUCGAUUUGUGCGGAAUCUUUCUCAAAUACGCCAAAAUCGAGAAAGUUAAAGGAAGGCACUGUCCGCAGGGUGUGAUGCGUAGUCGUAAAGUUCUUACUUUACAUCUUUAAAUUGUAUCUGGGCUUGGCUGACCAACACCCCGAACCUUAGCAUGUUUGUUUGUCGUUUUUGUAAAACACACAACAGUAGCCCUGACUUAGUGACUGGUAAUGAUCUUUUAGCAUCAUAAAGAGGUUGCAGCAGUGGAAAAGACCAUUAUUGUGACACCCAGUAGUAAAGCAGCAGAGCUGGAAGUGUUUUACAAAUUUCCUGAUUCGAAACAGAAGAAGAAGAUGGACGAUGGACAGGAGCUGCCUUGCACAGCAGGAAACACACUUACUGGACUGAGUAUGUGAUAAACCAGAAAUCAGUGUACUUAGUUUGAUAUGAUUUUUUCGCCCUUGUUAGCCUUAAGUUGCGUAGGGAAUUAGUAUAGGUAAUAGCAUGAUUUGUAGUGAUAUUUGGCAUAAAUACCACGAAUGAAAUUUGAGACUACUUUGAAAUAUCACGAGUGGUAUUUAUGACAAAUAUCACGUACAAAUCUUCAGGCUUAGAAAAGAGAAAAUAUGGGUUUGAAAAGAGGAAAGGCAUUUAGGUGCACCAAAAUACCACUCCUUAUCAUAGAGGCAUGACCACAUCAGCUAAAAAUUAGGAAGUUUAUGCAACGAUAAAUAAUAAGAAACAAGCAAUCAAUAGGUUUUGCCUUAACUGAACUCGAUAUUAACGACACGUCACACUUUUUGGUGCAAACGCAAAGGUAUUUCCGGUCGUCGCUUCUCUCCACCCGAACAGGAAACACGUCUGCGUUCGCCCGCUAUCCUUUGCAGAACUCUAACGCGAAAUUUCCCGCGAACUUAAAUGGGGGCACGAACAUAUGAAGAUACAUUUUCCUCUCUUUAUAACUUGGGAGUGGUCCCUUACAAUGUGUCCAUAGGAACAUCGGUCGUGAGCAAGUUGCUAUCACGAUUAAGUUUGAAAGAUCGAGUCUUCACUGUACUGGUGACGCCUUCGUAGUUACUUAAACUGUCCAUUCGCCUCCUUAGAAACGAGAAGGGGAUUUGAGCCCAUACGUGUCCCGCAAAUGUUUCUAGGAUUGUUACUGGGGACACGACCGUCAGCUAUUGGCCAAUUUUUUUCCCUGUUGUCAGUAACAGUCCAGAAGUCUUUGCGAACGUCAACUUGGUCUAGUUUCCUUCUGAGUGUGUAUCAGUCAAUUUUCUUCUUUUGUUGGUUUAGUUCAAUUUGCAGUCACAUUUUAUCUUCUGCCAGCUGUCAGUGUCACGACCUGGUUUUUUUCCAAAGUUGGUUAAAUGUAACCCAGCCUAGCCUUUUUCUCGUCAUUAGGGACCUUACGAAACCACGGCGACGACGGCAACGGGAACGUGAAAAAACAAUAGGUUCAGUGAGCAAUACAACAACUCUGCACGUGCAUCACGCUUUUUUGUACAUUUCUUUGCCUUCACUGCACAACAACGGCGUGAAAUGACCAAAUUUUAAGUUUAUUGGGAACGGGAACGGCAAGUCGAAAAAUUCUACCAUCUCUGUCCGAACUUGAGCGCGUUCCCCUCUCUUCAGCUCUAGCCAAAAUCCCCAUCGGUAGCGAAGACAUCGUUAAAGUUCUAUCUCUUGUUGCAAGGGCAAGCUCAUAUUACAAAUGUAAAUGUAGCAUCUUGCUGUCACCGACAGGUUUUAGAAUUCUGGAUGAAGGACAGAGGGAAGUAACAAUAGACAACUCCUUAGCCAGCAGAUUUAAGGUAGAUCCAAGAGAGGUCUUAGUCAUUCUAAAUGGAAAGGAUGUAAAUAAUUCAAUUGCUUCUCUGUAAAUAUUCUUACGAAAGUCCUUGGGACAGUUAACUUAGCCUAGUUUCUAAAGUAGCGAAUUAAAUUUUAUACCAAUAGUCCAUUUUCGGGUUGCCGAGCAAACCAUCAGUUCUUUAUCAAAGCAAGGCUCGGUGCACAAUCAUCCAUGCGAACAAGAGUUUAAUUAAUCUGCGUGUGAAUGAAAACUCAUUUUCAUAAUACAUAGGUUUGGCGAAGCUCCCGUUAAUGAAAAAACUUUUUCAAUAAAGAAAUCCAAUUAGAGUUGAGCCUGCGAUCAGUUGAAAACUAGAAACUUGUCAGCGGUAAACUUAAAUUAAAAAGAAGACGUAACCUCGAUGGGUCGACACCUGAGCCCGCGAUACGGUCAGGUGAUACUGGUCAGCAGAUACCCUGCUUUGACAGCUGUCAACUGACCACAACAUGGAUGUGCAAUAUCAGGUUGCAGGCUCCCAAACUAGCUGGAAAGUGUAGCAUUUCAUAUUGCUUUCCCUAUGGUGCGGACGGGCGGACGGGCGGGCGGGCUGGCGGGUCGUUGGCCGUACGGUCAUGUGACAACCAUAAUUUCUCGGAUGGGUAGGUAACCAAAUGUUCUUAGCUAUGGGGCUCCGCUAUGAAAUGACCAAUAACAGGAGUUUCUUUUAUAAAGAGGCUGAAGGCAAUCGGAAAAGGCCCAUUGUAGAAAACGAGUAGCCACCCACAAUGUGAGCACGGUCAAAGACAGAACAUUUCAGUAAAGGAAAUUGGACAACAAAACGCAAUCCACUAGGUCGGCAUGUCAACUCAACAAUCAAGGCUCUUUAGGAAAUAGGAAUAACACACAUCUUCACAUAAGCAAACUUAGUGCGCUUUCCAUCUGCCAGACCAGCCCACUGCCCAGCCAGAACAGUCUAUUUUUAAAUUCUGUGCACAUCAGUGUUGGUUUUCAGUACUAAAUACUGCGGCUGGCAUUAUAACUUUUACUUGUAGAUAUGAUCAUAUAACUCCCGUUCUAGUUAGACUACAUUGGCUCCCUGUUUCCUAUCGUAUAAGGUUUAAAGUGCUACUGCUGACUUACAAAGCGCUUAAUGAUUUAUCUCCUGAAUAUAUAUCUGAGCUACUUAAUAAGCCUAAAUAUACCGGCAAUCUUAGAUCUCAGUCUCAACAUCUGCUUAGUGUUCCUAAAUCCAGAACUGUUACCUAUGGCAAUAGAGCAUUUCCUGUCUGCGCUCCUAAGCUAUGGAAUGAACUGCCUUUUCAGUUGCGCAUGUCGUCAAAUAUACAAGCAUUUAAAUCAGGACUGAAGGCAAUGCUUUUUAAAAUGGCCUAUCUUUAGAUGGGCAUUUGCUUUAUUAUUUUGCGUACUAUUAUGUCUUUUCUUUUGUUUUCUAUUUUUUUUGUAGUGUGUAAGUUGUAAUCAGUAAUUAUUUUUUAAUUAUAUAUAAUUGUAGAAAAUAGAAUGGUGGUAUGAAAUUGUAAAAACUAUUUUAUAGUUAGUAUAAGGUUUAAAAUUGUAAAGCGCUAUGAAUAAUUAGUAUUAAUAGCGCUACAUGAAUUAUUAUUAUUAUUAUUAUUAUUACUAUUAUUAUUAUUAAAAAAGAAAGAAUUAGCAGUUGUAAACUUUUAUUGUUUAUCAAUGUGAUGACUUGUCUUCUUGUUUCUCCAGGUUAACUGGACUCCUAAAGUUGCCAAAGACAUCAUCAAGCAAGGGAUUCUUCCUGAUGUGAAGGUAAUUUAUAGGACUUAGUGAAAAUAGGUUUGUAAGUGACGAUUUAAGCUUCCAUGGAGCAACAGUUGGUUAGUGCGCGGCCUUCAGUGCGCAAGGUCCCCGGUGACAUCGCAUCCUUGAUCCAGCUUCUCUCCUUCCUGUGUAGCUUUAACUAGCUUUAAAUACCCCUUAAAUGAAGUGUGAUGAAGAAAGAGGGGUAAAAUGAGUGCAUUGUCGACCUCAAGUUUAUCAGUUGAGUUACUGUCAUAUCGACGUAAAAUAUGGUUGCUUUUCCUUUUCCAUCUUAACCCAUUCGCCCCUGAACCGCCCGUAACCGCCCGUGCGGAUCCAGGUCCUUUCUACCCUUUGUGACGUCAUCAGUUUUAACGGUCGAGGACAACUUUCUUCGCUAACUUGUGUAGAGUGAAGAGAUCUUUCAAACCAUACCAGAAUGAGCACAAUUCAGUCAAGGACACCGGAGAAAGAAGCAAAAAACCACGUGACAUUGACCUGAAAAUCUCCAUGAAAAUCUUGUUGCAUUGCUCACCUACCUUUCCUUUCACCUAAUCCUAAGAUCCUAAAAGCCUUCCUAAAAACUCUUCCCACCAAAAUGAAGCCUACUAAAUGCCCAGCAAGAGAAAAAAAAAACGAGGCAAGAAAAGCGAAAAAAGAAGGGAGGAGAGAAAGCGAAAAGUAAAAGUCAAGACUGCUGUGUCACUUUUAAACCCAAAAACUAUAAAAUUUGCUUUCUGCGCAUGCCCGAACUUCGCAAGCUCAUAUUUUGCCUCUGGAUCAGAAGGCCGCGAAGUGUACGACCUGUAAACCGGUUUCUGGUAAGUUUUAGCUCUUUAUAGCACGACAGUGACCAGAAAACCACUCGACUAGCUUCAAAACGCGUUUUUCGGCAAAAUCUCCAGGAGCGAAUGGGUUAAGCUUUUCAAGCUGCUUUUGUUGUUGAAUGUUUUGGUCACUAUUUUUAUAAAUCAAAGUUUCAGUUUCCAAACAAUGAUCAUUCCAAAAGUAUAGAUGUUAACAGUCAUUGGUUCAGCGAACACAUACAUGCAUCGUACUUUUUGCUGCACCAACUGACAAACAUGCAGUGCUCCAUUCAGGCCAAGAUUUGUGUUCUGAGGUGAAAGUAUCGUCAUUUGUGUGUUUAUUGUAGGCACCUCUUUCUUGUGAUGAACCAAAAUACUGCCAAGUUAGUAUGACCGGUGGAGCAGGACUGGAGUUUUCCUUCACGUUAAGGUAACACCCAUCACUAUGAACGUUUUUGCAAAGUAAGACUUCUUGCCAGACUUAAGCGAGGGAGAAACAGCAUUGUAUAAAAGUGACAGUACAGUGGACCUUCUUACAACAGACACUGAAGCCAGGGAGACGGACAUAGCUUUAAGCCGCUUACCAUGGCUGUUAGUUGCCUAUAACUUACCUCUCAGGCUACUAAUCUCUCUUUUAAUAACUCCCUUUGGGAGUGAUUUGACAUAAGAAGAGGUUGGUUUCAAGAACGUCAAGUCAGUUUAUCCAUGCAUUGCCUUUUCAGUAUCCUUUUCCCCUUUAAAUGCGCUAAUAUCAUUCUACGAAUAUAAAGUUUUGAACUGACGUUUCCAGCCGUUAUUUUGAGCACUAGGCGAGUUGUCAGAGCCAAUUAGAGAAUCUGAGUUGGUCUUGCGAAUAUUUAGGGAAGUUAAGCAACUAACUCGACAACGGCCAUAACAACUCUUUUCACGUUUGUCGUUGCCAUUGUGGUUGUCCCUUAAGCUGGUUUAGAAAAACAACAAAGCAAUUUGUCUAAUUUCGGUCACGUCCUGUCUACAGACCCCAUGCCGACGCUCCCAGCAUCUUGAAGUGCUCAUGCAAUGAACCUCGCAUGAGAUUAGGAGAGCCUCUAGCAUCAGAUAUCAUUCUGUCAGCAACUGAUAGACAUGGCAACAAAACAGGCAAGGUGAGCAAUUUCCUUUCAGAACAUCUUUCUUUGACAAGGCCAAUCUGCAACAAUUGUUUCAGUAAUUCGUUUUAUUUUUUAAUCAACAAAUUUAUUUGAUUGUUUCCUCGUUUUCUGUGUUGUUUUGUAGUUUUCAGGUACAGUUUUUCACUUUCAUUCGUCAGUUUUUUAGUGAUUGACUCCAAUUUACUUCCAUAUAUUUUAUAGUUUCUAGACCACGUAUUGCCGGAGUUUUAUGUUUCCUAAGGUGGACUGAACAAAUUGCAUACCUUUUCUUUUAUUUUAAUUUGUCGAAAAAAAAAAAACUGUAACAUGUUUGCCAGGCUUGUUGGCCAUCACCCUCGUAUCAUGUUUUGUGCUUGAUUGUCUUGUCACUUGCUAUUUUGUUAUGCUUCCUGCUACACUAUUCAUGUACAAUCUUUUCUUUUUCAUUAGUCGGUUUCAAACCAUUUUUCCCCUUUUUUUGUUCUCUGGAUUCUUUUAGCUUCCCAACCACGUCUUGCCAGAGUUUCAUGUUUCAUCAGACGGGCUGAAAGAACGAGAAGUCCAGCUGGGAUUUACGGCUGUAAGUACCGGCCGAUUUUUUCGCUGUUUUUUCUGACAACCAACUCUUUUGGUCAUUCAUUCUUGCAAGGAGUCUUCUUAUUGACUGCGUGCUCAAGCUGUCGUACACACUGGAAGUCACCUAAACUGGUGGAAAUGCUAAUUUCGAGUUAAAAGGGCUUUGUCACGAAAUUUUUCAAAAUUCAAACAUUGAGAACUGCCACCAGAUAUAGUGAAACAUAAAAGUAACCGCUCAAAACGUUGAAAGAAGGUUUAAAUAUCAGACCAAGUACAAAAAGAGGCAUGGAUGGACAAACUUGAAUAAGAAAGAAACGGAUUGUAAUUGGAGUUUCUAAAAACUUUUUAGGCUAACAGUUUUGCAAAGUAACGUCUGAUAUGAUGGUGGGGAGACAGUUUUGUUUUACUUUAGUAGUUUCCAAAUUCAUGAAUUCUCGUCUCCACUCAAGGGACAGGUUCACGGUUAAGCGCAUGCUCGUUAAUUAAAUUACUUUUUUUAAAUUUAUUAUUAAUUCUAUCGGUUAAUAAUCCCACUCACAUGUAGUAUCUUAGCGAACUCAGAGUGUAUUUCAAAGUAGAAGUGUAUUCCAGAGUAAUCUGAAGUAGGAUGGAGGAGUACUAAAAUCGCAGAAAAAAAUUAGUGGAUUUUGCCAACUCUACCAACGUUGAAUUUAUUGUUGACCCGAAGGUUUUAUUCCAUGGUUGAUGAAUCUACAGCUAUUUGCACAUAAGUUGAUCAAGUAACUACCAGGGGAGUGUGCAGAUUGGUUCUUUGACAACAUUAUGACAUGAUCAUAUUGCGUGCAUAGACGAUUCAGCAUGUCCCGACAGAAAACAGCAUUUUGAUAAAUGAGCAUGUGCCAAACCGUGAACCUGUCCCUUUAAUGCCAUCCUGCCCCAGUUCUUCAAAAAGAAGGAUAGCUGGAAACCAAUUGCUUUAUCCAGUAGAAAGAGAUUUUUCCUUUGGACAGGGUUAUCCACCCUUUGAACAUCUGGAGCCAGGCUUGUAAUGAGAAAAUCACAAUAACUUAUCUCUAUAGUUAGCAAUUGCUGAAUGAGGCUGAGUAGGAGGUGAAGAAUCGAGGAGGAUGUUAUCCACCGAGGUUGAAGGCCUCGCAUCUUCCAAAUUUGGUCAACGUCAGUUUGUUAUGAAGAAUUAGCCGGGGGCCUUGAGCCAAUCAGAAAUGGUGAAAUAUUUUAAGUGAAUGAUAACUGCAUCGAAACCCCUUUUGCAGGGUUUAUUCUACAGCGCGGCCUUGCGGGAUUUCCGCAAUUUGGAAAAAAAUGCCGCAUAAAAUAUGCGUUGCCGCGUCAAACGAGGCGCAAAAAAAUAGACCCAAGGAUAAGUACUAUUUUUUGAAAUAAAGUAUUCAAAAACAUUACUGACAACAACACUGAUUUGACGGCCGCUCUUUAAACUUACUUCGAACUUUUAUAGCCUUUUACUUUCUCAAUUGCCUUUCUCUUCUUCGUUUAAGUCAUUACUUCACCAGACAAACAUCCGGGAUUCUGCAGUAAUUCGAGCCCAGACUUUUUCAGUUGCCCAGAAUGUUCCAAAAUGGCGGCAACGCGUCAAUAAAGGUUCGUUUUCCCAUGGAACAGUCUGCACCAAUAAGUUCGAAUACCUUUUGGGGACCCCCCUUUCUUGAAAAAAGGCCCCCUAAAAUUACAGAAGGGGGCCCAUUUGACCCUCAUUGGCCAAUUUUUAGAAUCAACCCUGCUUCUGGUAGCAGGACUCUGCCAAGGAAUUGUGUUUGACGUUUCAGUUGCUGUAUUUGUAUCGUUUGCGUACAACCCUGCUGUGUUGUGUUUUGUAGGAUGGUAAUAUCGUAAUCAAGAACAUUCAAUUUGAGGAUGGCCCACUUGGACACAGAGAAGUCAGCAUUAGAUGGAAGGAUCUUAUAUGUUAUCAAAGAUUAGAGGUGAGUAUUUUAGUAUUUUUAUCAUAGAUUGCGUGUUUCAAUAUCUCUUGUAAUUUUAAGGUUAAACUUCAUGAGUGCAGAAUCUAAUGCAAAUGAGCGAGAACAAUAAAAUUUUCCUUCUAGUAAAAACCAAAAGUUUACGGAAUGUAGGCGACAACGAUCGAAGGUCAAAACGCUUUUGCUCCAACGAUGUGCUUUGCGCAAGUUCGGCACGUGACAGAUGGUCAAAACACGCGUGAUCAGUUUAUGAGUGAUAGAAGGGCCAAACGUGCGUAAUGAGCAUUCCAUUCAUUCUAAGUGGAAGUCCAAACGAAUGCAAGCUACAUACAUGCGACGCAUGCGUAAUAACAACCUGUAGAUUAGGAUUGCGUGCUCCUCUCAUCGCCCGCAAUUAGCGUUGAUUUCGGCACAUGUCAGUGAAGUUCGACGUUUAGAACUGGCCUGAGAGAAAUCAUCACUUGCCCUAAUUAGACAAAGGCAUGGAUAACUUGUCGAAGAGGUUAAUAAACUAACAAAAUGAUGUAAUGAACAAGAAAGUUAAAUUCUCCCAACUAUUUUUAUAAGGACUUGUAAAGUACAGUAUAGAGUAUUUAUAUGUGGAUGUACUUGACUACUCAUCUCCCUCCAGUGUGGCGCGGGUUCGUCUGAGGCGGACGGUCAUGUUAUGUUUGUUGAUGCUUCUCUCCCCCGUGGCUGAUUCUUUACCGUGUUGCUCCUUCUCUCUCUUGCUUCAAGAGAGCACGGUAGUUUUCCUCUCGCCUCAAAAUCCAACAAUUGCAAAUGGCAAUUCGCCAGAUGUGUACAAACUUACGAAAGCCUGAUAUUUUUAAAUUUACGCGUAAAUUGUACAAACGUUUUAGAUUUAGAGGAAGUGCAUUCAUGUAGUGGUUAUUCGUCUACAAACUUGAUCGUAUUAGACGGCAAAACAGUCGGGUUUUUUUUCUCAAAAUCGGUUUAGCGUAGCUUAAGAAUCUCACACGCCCGAAGAGCGCAAAACUCACACGGUCUCUCCCCAGUCUUGCUCUCCGUUUUCAGCCUUGCACCAGACCUUCUGUUUGACUGCUUGCGCGUACUUGAAUACGCAAAAAUACGGACUGUUGUGCAGUCUAUGAUCGUACGGAAAUUUGGAAACUCAACCACUUAUGGUCUCGCUUCUGGGACCAGCAACAUAAGUGUAAGGCGGGUGGUCUCUUUCUUGCCUUCCACUUGCAGCUUACUUGGAAAAAGACCCAGAUUUUUUCAAGCGCCAACGAAGCAAACCUAUUUGUGAGGGCAAAUUGUCAUGAGUCAAUUUGAGUUUUUGACCAGACCUAAAUUGUUGGUACAUUAAUGUUUGGUUUUCAGGUUAUUGCAGGCCCACCAGCGAAGCUAAAGAUUCUAAAGUUUGAUCAUUCUGAGGUAGGUAUGAAAAACGCGUGUCUUGGACCCAGUGUUUCAGUGUUCCAUCUUCAAAUUUUGAACACUGAGUUCAAUCUAUCAAUGAGUAAGUCCCAAACCCAUUGAAAGAGCGUCCUUUUGACGCUUGGAGCUUGGAGCCCCACCUGACAUUGGAUUAAGAGGCAUAAGCACAUUUCAACCAUGACUUCUUUGACUCUUCAACAACACUUUCAUGCACAACAGUGUUGUGUAUAAAGUCUUUUUCUCUCCUCAGUGAGUUAGGGCGUUUUCCAUUUGUCAGAACUGACCGGCCAGCACAUUCCCGUCGUAAUGAAAGUUUUACUUGUUAUGAAAGCUAUCCAGCCAGAUCAGUCAAAUCCUAAUAGUAUACACGAAGGAAAUCGUUUUUCAUCAAAAACUCUUGGAAAAAGCCUAUUUCAUUUUCAAAAUGACAGGUCCAGCCAUGGUCUGGCUGGCCAGUUCUGACUUUUGGAAAGCACACUAAGUUAGAGUGCUUGUUGAGAUUGCCUCGACCUCUGACUUGCUGUAGUACGAAACAACAUUGCUUGGAAAGCUUCCUAUGCGUUAUCAAGCCUACUCUUGUACAAAGUCGAGUUCAUGUUGUGAUUUGUUUUACUUGUUUUACAGCCACUUUCAGUGUUUAACGAUACCAAGAUGCCAUUUCCCCUUACUGUUCAACUGUGUGACAAGCUUGAAAACCCUUCAGAUGAGCCUAAUGUUAAGGUGGUCCUUAAUACGGACAGAGGAAUUAAGGUGAGAAUCUCAGUUUUUGUUAUUCAAUUAAAUUUUGACCAAUCCUUUAAUAGUUUGGUCUCCUUUUAAUAGAUGCAGUUUCAGUUUCACAACGGCCACUUUUUUAGUCCCAGCGGAUAAUCCGUACAUUGACUCUUGUCUAAACCUCUCUACAACGGCCGCCUCUCAACAACGGUAACGGCCACUAAAGCGUGUUCCCAAAUAAGGCGACAGCAACGAGAUAGGUUAGAUUAGCAAAACAGCAACUUUGCACGUGCAUCACGCUUUUUUGUACAGUUCUUAGCCGUCGUUGCACGACCACAACGUGAAAGUGCCUAAUUUCACGUUUUGUCGAGGACGGGAACACAAGACAACAACUUUCCUUUUCUUUUCCUGAACUUCGAUACAAUCCUUCAGAAUUCGACUCCAAAAAAAAUUGCCCACAUUUGACGAAUUGAAGUGACGUUUUCAUAGCCUUCGCUGUCGUUCUUGCUUAAGCUCCCUAUUAGCUCUCGACAACGGCCAGUUUUUUCAGCAACCGAUCAUGAAAAAGUCAAGAAUGGUCAUACAGUUUGAUCCUUAUGGCGCGUUAGUGAUUAAUCGCGGCAAUCGUAUUUUGAUUGUGAUCCAUUUAUACUGCUGCAGUGAGUAUAAAUUGUCUACGAUACUUGUCGCGAAUGUUGUGAGCCCAGCUUGUUCUGUCAGGUUAACAUUUUAAUUCAAAGCAAUAUUCAAAUUUUUGUGUAUUUUAUCUCUAUGUAUUAUAUAUGAUUGGAUUACCAUUAUGAAAUACAAUAAGAAUGAACUUAGUAGCGCAAUAAACAUGUUGUACUCCCGACCACACCGUAACGGCCACUUUCUUCUGUCCCCAAGGUGGCCCUUGUGGAGAGGUUCGACUGUAUUAUGUAAUCUGCGACCUUUUCUUGCACCUACGAAGAUCUGGUCGAAUGAACUGUUUUUACUACCGUAUUUUUUUAGCGUUCUAUCGAUGGUACGUUGUGCACCUGACUAUGCAAAUUUAUAUAAAUCUGUACAAAAUGAUGUUUUUCUUGGUAAGAAUCUAAUUGUGGGCACUUUUAUUAUUUUAUUUUUUUCAGUUGACUCCAGCACCCGCUCAGCAGAAGACGGACAGCAAGGGCCAAGCAACGUUUGGUCAACCUACUGUGAGCGCAACCAAGUAGGUGGAAUAUGAACAUUUCAGUCUUCUUGUGCCCCUGUUCCUGCCUCUUACUUGAUAGUUCUUACCCCAGUCCUUGACGAACGUUACUGAGUCAAACAAAAGCUUUCUUUACUUUGUAUACCAUCUCCUGAUCCUGCUACUCGACAAUUUGAAUUCCCUCUUAAUGGACGCUUCUAUUAGUGGGACACCUAGAGUUGGUCCCUACCGUUCUUCAGUCAUUUUCCUUCGACUCUCAAUAAGAUGGACACAUCUCUAAAAGUUGGUCUCUUUCGUUCUUCAUUCAUUUUCUUUGAUUCUGUAUAAGACGGACACCUUAUAACGGACACCUAGAGUUUACUCCUGCCAUUCCUCAUUCGGACACCUCAUUCGGACUACCAUUCUUCAUAUAUUUUCUUUGACUCUUUAUAAGACGGGCACGCCCCUAAACCGGAUACCUAGAGUCUGUCUCCUCCCUUCUUCAGUCAUUUUCUUUCAGUUUGACUCUUUAAGACGGACACCUCCCCAAAAAAGAAAUCGAGAGUCGGUCACUACCAUUCUUCAUUUAUCUUCCUUGACUCUCCAUAAGACGAACACUUCCCUUAAACAGACUCUAAAUGCCAGCAUACACUUGGUGCCGAUCAAAAAAUAUCCCUCAGUCGACUUUAAGAGCCCCAACCUUGGCAUUUCUUAGGAACAACCUCUUCUUCGGUCAUAACUUUUAAGUGUGUAAAAUAACUUGGGGUAACGUGUGUUUGGAAAUCAGGGGAAUGUAUGGAAUAAGAAUCAAAGCUCUUCUUGGAAGAACUGCAUUGGAUGCGCCUACGAUAAGCGUGAGGUAAGUUCUGUGAAGUAGAUCAACACACAUUUCACAAUAACUCAGUGAUUUGGUCGAGAUAUCUGAUUUAUGAGAGUUUAGACCUCUCAAAUGGCUCCAAAUGUCUAAAACUUUAGUGGAACUGCGAACUGCACUCCAGUGGUUUCACUGCAGCGUAUUAAAGAUUUUCACGGUAUCUCUGUGGUCUGUAAGAGUAUGGACAAUGGAAAAUUGUUGUUUAUUCGCCGAAAUAUUCAAUAUUUUGUAUCAACAGCGAUGUUGAACGUCGCAUUUAAAGCAAAAGGAAACGGCAGAGACCAUGACCAAUUUUCGCGCUGUAAAUGGACUACUGAAUUCGCUUUUGCCGUUUUUGGAGAUAGCUAGUACAUCGCUUAGGAGUGAAUAUAGUACAUACGUUAGCGCAAGCGUUGGAAGAAGUCUGAUGCGUCAAAGCUACUUGCGAUCGCUUUUCUCAAGUUGGUGCUUUUGAUACUGUAAUUUCUUGUGGUACCUACCCGCCACGACUAGCUGUACCUAUUUGCGGGUAGUUAUAUCUGUACUUUGAUAUUCUAAUGAUAAAGUUGUUGUAGCUGUUAUAUGUUUUGCAUUUCAGAGUGGAACCUGACCCAUCAAAGGCUGUAAAUCUUAACGUCACGUUUGAUUCUAAUGCGCCGUGUGUCGUUGGAGAGUUGUUACCAAGUAAGUGAGACCAUUAGAUUGACAGUAGUCUGGUAGGACUGUUGCGCAGGCAAGUGUAUCCCAAGCAAGCAAACGGGUUUCCAGUUUUGCCGUCAAAACUUGCGCUUUCCAUAGGCUGGAUUUCCGCCGCUAUCUCGGGUCCGGUCGAGGUCGCAAGCUCAUUAGGGAGCUUAAGCAACGACGACGGCGCCAUCAACGAGAACGGCAAAAAACAAUAAGGUUUAGAUUUGCAAAACAACAACCUUGCGCGUGCAUCACCUUUUUUUUUUGUACAUUUCUUUGCCGUCGUUGCACGAGUACGACGUGAAACUUCCUAAUUUUACGUGAAGACAAGACACCGAUUUUCCUUUUUUUUUCGUGAACUCAGACACAGUCCUUUAGAAUUCAACUCCUUAAAAAAAUAGCCAUCAUUUGACAAAUUAAAUAGUUGGGAUAAGAGCAAUGAAGUUUGAAACAGCGCGAAUUCACUUUUUGGGUGACGUUUUCUCCAUCGUUGCCGUCGUCGUUGCUUAAGCUCCCUAGUUACCGAACAGCGACUGAUAAUCGAGUCUAGACUACGAGUAGUCCCCAUUUUUCCUCAGGGAUAGUAGAGCGAGCGAAACGCGAGCGCGCGUGAAAAUCACCCCACGCGAGAGAGGCGAGACGGGGCUACUGACGGGUUAAGACUGCAUUGCAGGUCAAAUACUUUGUCUAGUGACUCUGCAUUUUAACCAUUUAAUCCCCAAUAGUGACCAAGAUCCAUUUUGUCUUAAUAAUAUCAACACAUAAUCAAGAGAAACGGUUAUGAGAAUUUAUAUAAUGAUCACCUAAGGGAAAAUGCUUUGAUUUUUUCUCCACUUUCAGCAGCAUCUGACUGAUAUUAGCUAUAGGGAAUUCUCAUCCGAAACGGAAAGUGAUUUGCAAGGACUUGUUCGAUUAGCACCCUCUGGGAUUUCAGACCUACAGGGUGGCAAUUCUCCCAACUAAGUCUUAAGGCAAAUGUAUGGAGAUCAGUCUGGAGAAUUUGUGGGUGGAUAUCGAGGUUUAAUACAAUUGGCUAUGUCUUUCUAAGCAUUGCGCUCAGCAUUGUGUGACCAAAUUCCAGGUGUUUGGAGAUCCAUAGGAUUUUACUUUAACCUGAAUCUGAGUUCUACGAUACGAAUUCAACUUUAAAGCAGUUUGGCCACGUAAGGACAUUGACAUAUUGAACACUUUUACCUGAAAAUUUGAUUGACUCAUUCCUUGGGUGGGUGUUAGCAUAAGAGGUUCAGGUUGGGGGAUGUUUUGUCCCCCAAACAAACCUACUGUCCUGCGUUUCAGCUGUUUCAGCCCAUGUCGUUGGAGAGGACGAGGCUGUAAUGAAAGCAGCAAGUGCUAAGGACAUAGUGUUGAAGAUAUGGCACUCUAAGGACGGUCCAGUAUCAGACAAGCCGCCAGCCAGGGUAUGUUAUACUAGCCUGUUUUCUUUCACAUCACAUAGUAACUGGGUUUCACAAUACAUACACUGUAAGUGUCAAGAUUCUUAG